UUCCGCACGGAGCAGUGCCCGCUCUUUGUGCAGCACAAGUGCACUCAGCACCGGCCCUACACCUGCUUCCACUGGCACUUUGUCAACCAGCGCCGGCGCAGGUCCAUCCGCCGCCGCGACGGGACCUUCAACUACAGCCCUGACAUUUACUGCACCAAGUAUGACGAGACCACGGGAAUCUGCCCGGAAGGAGAUGAGUGUCCCUUCUUGCAUAGAACUACUGGAGACACAGAGAGGAGGUAUCACUUGCGCUACUACAAAACUGGAAUCUGCAUCCAUGAGACAGACUCCAAGGGAAACUGCACCAAGAACGGAGUCCACUGCGCCUUUGCUCAUGGGCCCCAUGACCUGCGCUCACCCGUGUAUGACAUCAGAGAGCUUCAGGCGAUGGAAGCUUUACAGAAUGGUCAGACAACAUCUGAAGGAGGCAUUGAGGGUCAGUCUGCGGUCGCUGCCAGCCAUGCCAUGAUAGAGAAAAUACUCAGUGAGGAGCCAAGGUGGCAAGAUACAACAUAUGUGUUGGGAAAUUACAAGACAGAGCAGUGUAAGAAACCCCCCCGGCUCUGUCGCCAGGGUUAUGCCUGUCCCUACUACCACAAUAGCAAAGACAGAAGACGAAGUCCAAGAAAACACAAAUACAGAUCUUCACCGUGUCCCAGUGUGAAACACGGGGAUGAGUGGGGAGAUCCCAGCAAGUGUGAAAAUGGAGACUCCUGCCAGUACUGCCACACUCGCACAGAACAGCAGUUCCACCCAGAGAUCUACAAAUCCACCAAAUGCAAUGAUAUGCAGCAGUCUGGCAGCUGUCCCCGAGGACCCUUCUGUGCCUUUGCACACGUAGAACAGCCCGCGCUCAGUGAAGAUUUACAGCAAUCCUCGGCCGUGUCCAGCCCCACCCAGACAGCAGCAGUGAUGUACAUGCCCUCAGCAGCUGGGGACUCUGUUCCAGUCAGCCCUUCCAGUCCACAUGCCCCAGACCUUAGCAAUGUGUGGAAUAAAUCAGGAACUCUGCCAACUAGCCCCACCUCCACCACAAUUCUUUGUAGGAACAGCAGUCUUGGAAGCCCAUCUAAUAUAUGUGGGUCUCCUCCUGGUGCCAUUGGGAAGCCCCACAGCUUGGAGACCAUUGGUUUUCCUCCAGACUCAGUCACAGCAGCCGGCAGCUACAAGAAAGCACCGGGGUUUGAGCGAGAAGAUCAGGUGGGGGCCGAGUAUUUGAAGAGUUUCAAAUGCCAGCAAGCAAAAAUGAAGUCCCACUCCCUGGAACACAGGAGCCAGGAGCAACCUUUGUUACAGCCCAAACAGGACAUCCUGGGCAUUCUCCCAGUGGGGAGCCCACUGACAUCCAGCAUCUCCUCUAGUAUCACCUCCAGUCUGGCUGCAACCCCCCCGAGCCCCGCUGGCACCAGCAGCAUUCCAGGCAUGAAUGCCAAUGCCCUUCCCUUCUAUCCAACCAGUGACACCGUUGAGUCUGUCAUAGAGUCUGCCUUGGAUGACCUGGACCUGAAUGAAUUCGGAGUGGCUGCCCUGGAGAAGACAUUUGACAGCAGCACAGUGCCCCACACGAGUGGCAUCAUGAUAGGUGGGAGUUUGCUGCAAAGUUCUGCUCCUGUAAAUAUCCCCGGCUCCCUUGGAAGCUCUGCCUCCUUUCACUCCGCCUCUCCUUCUCCACCGGUCAGCCUCUCAUCGCAUUUCCUCCAUCAGCCCCAGGGACACUUAAGCCAGUCAGAAAACACGUUCCUGGGCACAUCAGCUUCUCAUGGAUCAUUAGGUUUAAAUGGGAUGAACAGCAGCAUAUGGGAACACUUUGCUUCGGGGAGUUUUUCGCCCAGUACCUCACCUGCAUUUCUGUCAGGUCCAGGUGCUGCGGAGAUGGCACGGCUACGACAAGAACUGGACGAAGCCAACGGCACAAUAAAGCAGUGGGAAGAGUCUUGGAAACAAGCCAAGCAGGCUUGUGAUGCUUGGAAAAAGGAGGCAGAGGAGGCAAAUGAUCGCGCCAACACAGCUAACAUGGAAUGUGAACUGGCCCGGGAGCAGAGGGAAGCCUUGGAGCUGCAAGUGAAGAAACUGCAGGAGGAGCUGGAGAGGAUCCACACCGGCCAGGACCCGCAGUUCCUGCGCUCCUUCUCUGACCUGGAGACGCUCUCGCUCUCGUCACUCUACACCCUGCAGAAACAGCUGCGGGCAAACCUGGAGAAAGUGGACAAGGCGGUAUUUCAGAUGCAGUCAGUGAAAUGCCUUAAGUGUCAGGAGGAGAACCGGGUGGUGUUACCGUGCCAACACGCGGUGCUGUGCGAGACGUGCGCUGAGGAGGGCGAGUGCCCCAUCUGCCACCCCAACAGGCCCCACUCCCUGCAGUCGUGACCUCCCGAGGACACUCCUGAUCAUAUCCUAUAGAACUUUUUAACUUUAUACAUACGUACAUAUAUAUGUAUGUGUAUAUAUAUAUAUGUAUAUAUGUGUGCGGUUGGGUGUGGCUGUGCACGUGUAGGGACGUGCACACACACACGCACAUGCACACAUGAAAACAGAAAAUUAGUUGCAGAGCACUUUUUAAUAUUUUACAUCCCGUAUCUAAACUGCCCCUCACCCGUGCCCCACUAAUUCUAACUCUUGAUGAACUUUGAGAGCUGUUUUUAAUACAGAUCAAAGGGCCAUUUGCAAAGAGUCUGUGUUUCUCCUCUUUUCUAUUUAGGUGAUAACAAAUUUUUGACUAUUUCCAGAAGGACUUAGAGUGGGCAAGAGGGGCUUCCAUGUGCUUUCCAGAGGAAGAGUUGAGAUCACAGGGAGGAUCGAGGUGGAUUGAAAUGACUUGCUCAUGCCUUCGGUCCCCCUGCUCUUUCACUGACCCAGCUUGGUUAAAGCCGUCCUCCCUGAUGGGAGCUCUGCCAGGCUCCUGCCUGGAGGGCCUCACACUGCCCAUCUCUGAAUGUGCAGGAACUUUGUCUGUCAUUUAAUCAGCAAAGUUCACUUUUUAAAUUUUUUUACGCUCUUUGUAUAUUUGUAUGAAAAGAAGAAAAGAGGGAAAAAAAAAUAUUUAUAUUGGACCUAGAGCAAGCCAAGCCCCAAAAUUCAGUGACCAAUGUUCACUUCUGAUGCAGCCAACAUGUUCCAAGUCUGAGCAGCCUUAGAAGUAUUGCCCUUGGGUGAGCCAAAGCCCUUUAUGAAGGAAAUUUGGAUGCAGAGGUUAGUUCUCUCUGGGCACCCCUUUGUCUGGUGGCUGUCCAGAGACUUUUUACUGUUUCAGAGCAGAUUAGUUUUGUUUUAGCCACAGGGACCUGACUCGUAGUCACUGCUGAGGUGCAUGAACCAAUUCCAGAUAGGCUGAGGACAUUUUUGUUGCCUGUAUCAGCAGCUCAAGGGGGGUUUGUGGAUUGCUGGCUCCAGAGAUCCUUGUGCUGGAGAUGUGUGGUGACAGAAAUAGUCCAGCAGGACAGAGAAAUGCCACCAGCUCAGACCUGCCCAGCAGCUGAGCUUUCCUGUGACUUUCCCUACCAGCAUGUCCAUUGGAUUUUUACAUCAGGUGGAUUGCAGUAACCUGCUGGGAUCUCAACCAAAAGGCCACUCAGUUGACUAAACAUUUUUAUUUUGCACAGGGAUGGUCCUGUGCUGCCCCUCCCUGACCUGGAAAAGCACUGGAACCUCCAGCUGCCCACUAUUGUAGGAAAACUGAAUUUUUACCAGAGCCUCUCAGAAAGCUUCAUAUUUAAUACAAACACAUAAUUAGGUUUGCUUCCAUAAUUCCACCUUUCCUCUCCAUGGAAGGGGUUAAUAUGCAUUCCCAGAUGAUCUCUUAAGUGCAGCUCUGUGUAGUUCUUUUUUAUGUUUUCCCAUUAACUUGUUUUUGGGUUUUUUGGUAAAAAUGCUUUUUUUCCAUGUGUAUUUUAUUGUAACUAGCAUCAGGUUUUUUAAUUUUUUUUAAUGGAGAGACACUGUUGAGUGACUAUUGUGGCUAUGUUGUUUGGUUAUAGCCUUUGAAUGUCUGUGCCAUGGGGCAGCACAUCUGCCUUGGUCUGAUCUUAAGGAAAGACCUUUUAUUAAAAUACGUGAACAUUUCUCUUUUUUUUAGGAAAAAUAAAAAAUAAAAAAAAAAAAAUUAAAGUGGGGGGGAGGAGGAGGAAAAAGCCCAAUUAAGAAAAAAAAAAAAAUACUAAAAAGUUUUUUUUGUAACUAACUUAAAUCAUAGGAAAUAAACUCUUGAAUCAGGUCUUUAAUAUUUAUAAGCA